GGUAGGUACCGUACCUAACUUUGUGUACUACGUACCUAAGUCAAGUUUGGACAAGGCAAGUGUUUUAACGAGCUUUCCGAGGCCCAGUCGCCACAUGGUGGUUGAGGGUGGGUGCGCGGUUACAAACUAUUGACAGGAACGUCCUGAUCAGCAUCUUGCAAUGAAGAGGUCCCAGCUGCAAAUAAGAGCAAUGCGGCGGCAUCCCAGCAUGGCUGCGCCUGAGGUUGUGAAGGAGGAUUACAGGGCUGACCUGUACUCCGCGCUUCAGAGUGAGGAAAGGCCUGGGAGCUUUGCAAUGACAGGGUCAUUCAAGAUGCUCCAUACUCCAGGGUUGGAGCUUCCAGAGCUUGGGCCAAUCAGCCUGCCCCUUGCUCCUCAGCAGGCAGAGAUGAUGGCCAGAUUGUGUUCCCAGGCCCCUUUUGGACGAGGGGAGGUCACAGUUUAUGACUCCAGCAUCCGCAAAUGCCUUCAAAUGUCUCCAGACGAGUUCAAGCUUGCCGGGCCUCAGUGGGAUGCGCAAAUCCGGCAGCUUGCCAAUGGAGCGGUCAAACAAGGUUUAGGGCUCCCUAAGCAUGUCAAGGUGGUGCCACAGCUCUAUAAACAACUGUUGUAUGAGCCAGGCUGCUUCUUUACACCCCACCGUGAUACCGAGAAGAACGAUGGGAUGUUUGCAACACUGGUGGUUGUGCUGCCAUCAGCACAUUCUGGAGGCGAACUCAUCAUUCGCCAUGCCGGCAAAGACGUCGUCUUUGACUCAUCCGAAGAGACUUUGCACAACGUUCACUAUUCCGCCUUCUUUGCUGACUGCGAGCACGAGAUCCGCCCUGUGACCGAGGGUUAUCGCCUGGCUCUCAUCUACAACCUGAUCGCACAGAACACGGCCCAGAUCCUCGCACCAGCGGACAACCGCUCUGCCGUUCAGAAUGUUUUGGAUGCUAUCCAAGCUUGGGGCAAAGACGCGGAUGGGCCAGAAAAGCUGGUGAUGCCACUGGAGCACCAGUACUGCACCAAGAGCCUCUCAUUCCAGACCCUCAAGGGCUCCGACAUUGGAACAAUUGACAUUGUCCUUCAAGCAGCCAUUGCAGCAAGCGGUCCGCGCUUCCACGUCUAUCUUGGUAUGCUCAAGAAGGAGGAAGUUGGAGGCGGUUACGGCGAUGAUAUGGAUGACAUGGAAGUUCAAGAUUUUUCUCUCGAGCUCUUACAUAUCAUCGCCCCAGAACUAGGUGCUGUGGCAUUCGACAGGCUGCCUAUUGAUGAAGAAUUCGAGGUUCUACCUGAAGGCGCUCUAGAGGGCCACGAGUGGGACGACGAGCAGAUCGAGGAGGCGACCGGCAACGAGGGCGCCAGCAUGGAGCGGUGGUACCACCACGCAGCGCUCCUUUUGUGGCCGCACGCCAACCACUGGAAGAUCGCCUGCACGAACAGCCUGAGUACGGCAAUGAAGGAUACCGGCUCUUUAGCGGAGCGCAUCGAAGGGUCCCCAGACUCGGAGGAGCGCCCAGACCUACUCCUCGCCCUCAACGCGCUGUGCGGCGCUGGGGCGAAGCUCGAUCUUUCACAGACAAAGGCCUUGGCGGCGCUGCUCGUCAAGUUUGGCGAUGCGAGCAUGGCGCAGAUCCUGUUGACCAAGCUCCCGGUCUCCAUAGCGGCCCAGGUUCUGUUCCCCCUCGGCGGCCGCUUCGGCUGGACGGCGCUCGCGGCCGCGGCGACCGGCGUUUUCGAGCGCGCGUGCACGCCCUUCGGCCUCGCGGACUGCUUCAACCUGCUCUUGCAGCUCGCGCCAGCAAUCCAAGCGCCUGGUGGGAUCGCACCCAACGAAACGAACCGGGCCUUGGAGGGCGUCAGCGUUACGAGCGGCGGGGCACGUUCCGGGGAAACUUGCACGACGGGAAGUUCCGGUCCUGAGGGGACAAUGGCUGGUAAUGACGCGGAGGGGAGUUGCGGGACGAAUGCAGAACAGGGGCCGGCGGAUGACGACGAACUAGAGCGAGCGCGAUUGUGCGCGCGCAUCAUUCCGCUUCUGGUCGCCAAGAUCUGCCCGCCGCCGGCCGCCGUCCCUGCCCGAGGGUUCUACUACUCCGAUCCCCCGCUGUUUAGCCUCAGAGACACCGCGACCGCGUCCGCCUUCGUCCGUGUGCUCGAGCGCUUUGGGGCCGACACGUGGCGACCCGCGGCCGCCGCCCUCGUCAAGAACCAGGUCAGCUCGGCGCUCGGGUCUGUGCCCGGGUUGCUGUCGCACCUAGUUGGCGACAACGGUUUGGACCAGUCAGAAGCCCCUGGUGGGGGAUCCCCCAAGGCGGUUGCCCUCGCGCGGAGCCUCGCAGACGCGCUGGCACCAGCGCUUAUCGCCGAGAGGGAUCCCCCGUCCGUCGUCGCGCACUUCUUCGCGACGCCCCGGCUGCACGACGUAGAAACCACGCUCGCCCCGGCGCUCAAGGAGCUGGCCCAGUGGCUGGGCACACCCGCGCGGCUGGAGACACCCUCGUUCGUCGCCCUGUCGGGGGGCUGUGUGAAGGCGCUCGAAGCGAAGACGGGGACGCGGCCGGCCGCGCCGCGCAGCUGGGCGCUCCCCGCGGCGUGCGCGUGCAAGUGCGGCGAGUGCCGGCAGCUGGUGCAGUUCUGCCUCGACCCGGUCCGUACCGUGCUGCAGCUGUGCGUCGCGAAGCCCGUCAAGAAGCACGUGCAGGCGUCGAUCUCAAAGUGUCGACUGCCCGUUCACAUCGUCGGCCAAUCUUUCAACGGCGGUGUGAACGUGCCCCUGAUCUGCCACAAGAACGGGUCGCAGGGCGCUGCUGAUGAACAGGCGCUCCAAGGUUCCGGUACAAAGAUAGCGGAGUACGAGCGGGAUAUGGGGGCCCUGGCGGAGCUCAGAGCGUUGGGCGGCGUAGCGCUCCAAGAGAGGAGGACGAAUGAGCCUGUGGUCGCCAAUAAUCAAGGCGCGCAGACUGGGGGCAAGCAUGUACAUAAGCGGGCCAGAGUUGUAAUAGAUUUGGGUGAUGAUUGAGUCUGAGUGCGUAUGUGUACCUCUUAUAUCGAGGAGCAUCCGUUGCAGAUACUAAUUGCUAGAUAAAUGUUCCGGUGCUUGCGUGUGGUUAGAACUUGAAAACGACCUAAGUUCGUGUCUGAGAACUGUUAAGAUGACGUCAUUAGAAAGAGGGCACCUGAUAACAUUGACAUUUGUGAUUGCAGUCAGGCCGAUUG